AUGGGUGUUGCUUUGUGGAUGGCAAUUGAUGGUAAGCCAAUACAACAGCCAAAAUUAACUCAACGUAUUGAUAUUUUACUUCAUUUAAUGAAAGCCGAAGACAGUUUUAAUGAAGCUGUGAAAAUUGCGAUCGAUAAGAUUCCUUCAGUAUCCACUGACAAGUCGCAAGUAUCGACAUUGAUGGAGAAAUUCUUCUCGUACAAAUCAUUACGACCUCGUUUUGUUGAGCUUUUCAGCAAAAUUUAUACACUACAAGAAAUCAAUGCGAUGAUUAGAUUUUAUUCAACACCGGCAGGAAAAUCAAUCAUUAGUAAAGAAAAGAAACUUUUAGAAGGUGUCAUUGAAAUUGUCCAGACACAAUUCGCAGUCCAGAUGCCACAAAUAAUUGCAUGGUUGGGAGAACAACAGCAACAACUACGUGCAAUGAUUGGAAGUGAUGAAGUUUCUAAUGAAAUAAUCAGACCAUGGCUCAAUAGAAAUAUUUAA